AUGUUUCCUCUCAGAGUCCCCAGAUAUCUUGCUUUGCUCUCACUACUGCUUCCCUUAUGCGUGACAGCCACCAAUGGAUCUUGCCAACAUUUGAGCAGCAUCACAAACACCAACACCAUCCGCUACAAUAUCCCUUACUCCAACCCUCCAGCACUGCUAUCCUUCAAUGGCCUGUGGAAGCCCCAGAUGAACCCAACACUAGUGCUACUAGCAAUGAUCGAGAACAUGCAGCCCGUCUGCCGCCAAUUCGCGAAUGCAUUCCCACCAAGUAGAAUCUUCGACUAUGGCUUUGUCAGGAUCACUAUUCAAAAUCUAUACCUUUCUUGCGGACCUCUUACGUUCAAUGAUGCAUGCACGGCUUUGAGAGGCUUGGCCGAGUUCAUGGUGCUUCACAAUCAGUUUUACCAGUGGACAUUUCAGAUAUGGGUGAAUGGAUACGCCGUGGGAAGCGGUCAAAUUGAGAAUAUACAUCAGGUGCUGGAAGCAGCGUCAGUGUCAGGCGUGGCCACUUCCUAA